CCUCCGCAGAGUGACAUUGAUGUCGCUCAUCUCGGGGCCAGACUUGAUCUGCCCGAUGUGUUCGCCUCUCCAAUGCACUCGCCACAAACCCGAAGAAUCAAGAGUGAUGCGACCAGUUUUUUGGAUCAACGUGCAAGAGACUUUGUCGCUCCUCCUAUUCUCACACUCAGGUCAUCCGGACGAUUAGCUAUUCUCAUACUGAACAUUGGUUAA